AUGUCCGAAUCCACAUUCCCCUCCCCAUCCAGCUCACCCCCCUCCCAACAAGAAUACUUCCCCAGGCGAAGAAUCCCCACCGAAACCUUCCGCCUAAUUAUAAGGUAUCUCGACGCAGCCAAUCUCCCCAGCGCCAGACUAGUAAGUCGUAGCUGGGCCCUAUUGAUGCUCGAAGUUCUCUUCGCCGAGCGAGGAUUCUCCAUAUCGCCUUUCAAAAAUGGUAUGCAAAGACUUGAAGAAGUGGCGCAAACUAUUGCAAUGCCAUCGAUCCAGCACUUGAAUAUCGGUCUGGGAGUUAUCGAUAGUUAUAGAUUAGGAUUAAAUAUCCUACGGAAUACACCUGCGAUCUUCCUCGCGAAGAAGUCAAAUGAUGAGAAAGCAAGAUGGUUAAGGGAGAAAUUGUUAGUAGCGUCGGAUGAUUACUUACGAUAUUGUCGUGGAGAUGCGUUUGCGAGACUUUUGCUUCCUCUGAAGAAUUUAUCGUCGAUAGCGAUUUCGAAUAUUGAGAAUUAUGGUUCUCCGAGUGUGUAUCAACGCCAUGAGGAAUUAUUGGAUGAUCCAGAAAUAGAUAUGGAGAUCUACACUCCGGAUCAAUGGGCUUCUCUACCUCCGAUUAAUUUUCAGGGGGUUCUUGAUAUACUUACUCGUAUGUCUUUGUCUGGUUCUAUUGCCCUCAAACAUUUGAAAAUCGAGUCGCUUCCCAUCUACACAUUUAUGACGUGGGAUUCGGAGAGGGCAAUUGGCACUGACGUCUCUUCUCGAUUCAUCACAGCGUUUUCUCAUCUCGAAUCAACUUCAUUGGGUCUUUCAUGCUGUGUUCCCAAUGGGCGUUUAUCUUUAAAUCCUGAGCCUUCAUGUUAUCAUCAUAAAGCUACAAGUCAAAUCGCCCAGUGGAAUAUAUUAGCCAUUAACACCAUGUGUAAAGUUGUUUCUUCGAUGAAGAAUCUCAGGCAUUUGGAACUUAACUGGCAGCUAUCAUCUCUCGAUGAAGAAGAAGGCUGUAUUCCCAACAUGAACUCGAAAAACUUGCGACAGAUGUGGAAUGAACAGUUUCUCGCAAGUACCUUUCCGAAUCUCGAGAUGCUGCGACUUUCUUGGUUCUGUAUGAAAAAGAUAGAUCUUUUCAGAUUUCUGUUCAGACAUAAAGAUACGUUGAAAUAUGUAGAUUUGGGGAGUUAUAGUUUUGAUAAAGAUGAUACGUCCUGUUCUUUCAAGGAAUUUUUCGAGGGUCUGGGGAAGAACCUUGACUUGGCGAAGUUGGAAUGUAGAGAUGUGUAUUCGAUUUCGGCGAGUGUGAAGAAGAAGCAAAGGAAGGGGAGAAGGUAUAAGGAGAGAGCGAAUAAGUAG